UGAAAAGACAUCUCAGAAUGUAUUGACAACAACUGAGACUGUAUGACUGACUCUCAACUACUUCCCAGGCUGCUUCAUCUGCACCGGUGAAAGCAACCACCCACUACAGCUACACAAGAGUUGGACGUACCAAGGAUCCCAGAAAGCACUAACCGACCUACGUGCUGGUGGCGUAAAGUCAUCUGUGUUUAUGUGGCCCUCUACUCCAGUUUUAUUUUCGGGGCUGUGGCUAACUUAGCCUGGUAGCAUUUCGUCAAACAUGAUUUGACUACAUAGCAGACACAAAGGACAGAGAUGGCGGUGUGUGCACUGACAAUGGACGGGAUGGGAGAUGAGGUGGCUGCAGUAAGCGGUGUGUUACUCCUGGUCUUGGCCCUGGUCCUGGCUUGGCUCUCCACGCAAGUGGCAGAUCGGGGAGACCACAUCCUGAGCACCAUCCUUACAGUCGGUGCCCACGCCUCUCUAAUCGGGCUGGGGGGCCAUGAGAGUUACAGUGGAGGGCCACCCAGUGCAGACACCCCAGAGCAGCAAACACCUCCACCCUCCCAGGAGAACAAGCCAGAGGAGGGGGAGCCUGGGUCUGAGAGGGAAGAUGGGGAGAUAACAGGAGAGGGGACUACAGGGGCUGGAGUUGACCUGCUGUUGAAUAUCCAGGGGAAGAAACCUCAGACAUACCAGCCUGAUGAUGAUGAUGAAGAUGAUGAGGAAGAGGAUGACUAUGAGGAAGAAGAAAAGGUUCAGAAGCUGAGCCCAGUGGUCUCCUGCACCAGCAUCACGGUUCGUUUGAAGUUCCUGAAUGACACAGAAGAGGUGGCAGUCCUGAGACCCCAGGAUACAGUGGGUCUACUGAAGAGUAAGUACUUCUCAGGGCGGGAGUGUCAGAUCAAGUUGAUCUACCAGGGCCAGCUGCUUCAGGAUCCCAAACGGACUCUGCUCUCCCUCAACAUCUCUCACAACAGUGUGAUCCACUGCCACGUGUCCCAGGUGCUGCGGGAGGCCAGCCCAGAGGAGACAGCUCGCUCUGGGGCUAGUGGGGGAAUCAGGGCUGCAGGCCUGGCUCUGAGCACCAGCAGCCUGGUGGUGCCUGUGUUUGUGGUGAUGUUAGCCGUGGUCUGGUACUUCCGCAUCAACUACCGUCAGUUCUUCACCGCCCCUGCUACCAUCUCCCUGGUGGGAGUCACUGUGUUCUUCAGCUUCCUCAUCUUUGGAAUGCACAGCCGGUGAGCGGGAGAGGAGGCAGGAUGGAAGGGCCCUCAUCUGGGCAGGAGAAUGAGAGGGAAAAACAACUGUGUCAGGAGGAUGAAUGGAGUUAAGGGGCCUCUGCCUCAGACACCAUAGAGCUCAACUGGAAUCCUAAGAGUGGGUGUGCCUGUGUUUGUGCAUGCACCAGCAAAUAGCAUAAUAUGAGAUCGAUUGUAUGUGCAGAGAUUUAAGUUAUCUGGAAUGUGUGUUUGUUAGUAUGAAGCUGAGAUAAUACUGAGUGGUAAUUUUGUUUCUCAGAAAAACAAUGAGUGGGUCCAGCUCCUGUUGAUCCUUUAUAGGGCAGAACCAUCAGCAUCACACCCAGGACCACAGGCUGCUUGGUCCACUGUGUCAGCAACAUCUUCUGGUCAGUUUGGCUUCACAUAGCAAACAUAGCCUGUUCUGUAUUAGGUUGCUCUCAGAAAUUAGGGUCUGUAUUCAAUCAGAUCCGCUUAAGCCCACAUCCGUAUAGAAGUUGUGUGGGAGGUGGAACUGUGUUAGUGCUGUCAAUCCACUGAGGUAUAAGAACUGGAGACUGUGUCCAAGAUGUCCGCCUUUUGUUUUCAAGGUUAUCUACUCACGUUCGCAUACGCCAAUUCAUGUCCGUCUAUAUCCGGGUUGAAUCCAGUUUAUACAGAUCAACAUCACAUUGUGCACAGGGAGCAGCGCAGACAUCAUCAAAAAACAUGGCAGACUGAUGAAUAUAACAUGUUGGAAUUAUCUCCAAAUAUUUGAAUAAAUCAAUGGAUGAUUUGUGCACAAAG